GCUGUCAAAUGCGGAACGAAAAGAAAACACAACACACUCGGGCACAGUUUGCGGUAGUUUUUAGCUAUUUUCAUGUAAAUUCUUCAUUUAACUACUGCUCACCCACACAAAAAAGCCAUGUCGUCACCGGAAACAACGUUAGAGCUGUACGACGAUGGAGCGGAAUCGCCUUCCGAGCUGAUGAGCGGUGACAUGACCGUUACCAGUGGGCCACGCAACACGACCGAUCCCAGCUCGCCCGACUUCAACACACUGGACGAACCGAUCCGGGACACAAUCAUGCGUGACGUAAAGGCGGUCGGUGUCAAAUUCUACCACGUCCUCAUACCGCGGGAAAAGAACACCCUGCUGAGGGACUGGGACCUGUGGGGGCCGCUGGUGCUGUGCACGUUUAUGGCCACCAUCCUUCACGGUUCGUCCGAUGAGAUGCACGACGGCGGGCCCGAGUUCGCGCAGGUUUUUGUUAUCGUCUGGAUCGGUGCCAUGAUUGUGACACUUAAUUCCAAGCUGCUUGGUGGGAAAAUCUCCUUUUUCCAAUCAAUCUGCGUACUUGGCUACUGUUUGACGCCAUGCGCUCUAGCACUAAUAGUGUGUCGAAUCAUUCUGUUCAGCACGCAGACGGCCUUUCUAUUCUUCCUCCGGUUCCUCGUGUCAUCGGUGGGGUUCGGUUGGGCAACUUAUGCUUCGAUAAUAUUCCUCGGCGACAGUCAACCACCGAACCGGAAAGCUCUUGCCAUGUAUCCAAUAUUCCUGUUUUACUUUAUCAUAUCGUGGCUGGUCGUUUCGCACAGCAAUGUGUAAUGGGUUAGGCUGCAAUUAAGUUUGUCCACUGUGAUCAAUUUGUCACGGCUGUUACAACCAAGCCGGACCUGACUGGAACGUCCGGACGGGUGCACUUACACGAACGGGAUUGUACACCCCAAUUCAUAAGAGUGUGCACAUGACGACCACAUCACGGCGACAGUGUACGACACAGGACACAGGCGGGUUGUUGCUGCAUCGGGAGGGGGGUAAAACAGCACGAUCCCACUUAGACUAAUCGCUACUGUACUAAACGCCUAGGUAUAUCAGCUUUUGUAUUAUACAACUUUCCAACAGAUUAGUGUAAUAAAGUGAUGAAUUCCCGCACCCGCGGGAUUCAUAUACAAUCUAA